AGAUGAAGGUGGAACCCCGGUACCCUAGGUCUCUUCGGAAAUGAAGGUCAUUGCUAUAUUCCUUGUCUUCAUCUUCUGCUGGACGACCUCCACCCUCAGCAGCUUCUGGCAGUUCCAGAGGAUGGUCAGACACAUCACAGGGCGCAGCGCCUUCUUCUCCUAUUAUGGAUACGGCUGCUACUGUGGGCUAGGGGGCAGAGGAAUCCCCGUGGAUGCUACAGACAGGUGCUGCUGGGCUCACGACUGCUGCUACCACAAGCUGAAGGAGCAUGGCUGCCAGCCCAUCUUGAAUGGCUACCAGUUCAGCAUUGUCAAUGGGACUGUGGCUUGUGGAUGCCUCCCUGGUGGCAGCUGCCUCUGCGGGCAGAAGGCCUGUGAGUGUGAUAAGCUGUCUGCGUACUGCUUCAAGGAAAACCUGGACACCUACGAGAAAGCCUUCAGGCAGGUCUUCCCCAGCAAGUCCCAGUGUGGCCGACACAAACUCCGGUGCUAGGGAGGCCACCGUCCCUGUCACACGGCACCUACUCUAGUCAUGGUCCUCUGGCAAACUGUCUCUGGCCACCUCUGAUAGCUCCCAGGCUCCUGGAGCUCCUCAUCGCUGUCCAGGGAGUGUCUUCUCACUCAGCGCUGGGGUCUGGAAGUGAGACAUGGAGGAAU